GAAUUGUAUAAUCAAGAUGAAGGGUAUUUUGGUGCUGACUCACAGUCCAUCAUGACUCAACUCCGAACGCCUUUAAUUUAACGGGUUGAGUCUCUUAUAAACAGCGAUUGGCGCCAUGAAGCCAUUCAAUUUGUCUUCAGGAUAUCAAUGGCACAAUACGCAGCUCAAUCUGAGCGCCUUUGGCUAGAGCCAUUGACCGUAGAGAAACAUCUGGAUGGCUAUCACAGAAUGCUCUCUGACCCGCGAGCUAUUUCAUGGACAAAACCAAGCGAGUCUAUCGCGGAGAGUAAAGCAUUCAUGAUCGAAAGAACCCCGAACUCCGAAAAGCCAUGGAUUGAAAACUAUGCAAUUAUACUUCGGCCGACAACACCUACCUCUCACGAUCAAAUGCCUGAGCUUAUUGGCGCAAUCGGAGUGAUAAGAUUCGAAGCUGGGCAUGGCGCGGAGGUUGGUUAUGGUCUACAUCCUGGUCACCAAGGCAAGGGAUUUGCUACUGAAGCCAUGAAGCUAUUCUUGGGGUUAUAUUGGAGUAAAGAGAGAGAGGGAGAUUGGAACACAUUAGUAGCGGUUAUAGAUCCUGAGAACGUUGCGAGCCAGAGAGUAGUAGAGAAGGUAGAUUUUAGAGAAGGAGACCUUCAAGAUGAAGAACACGAAAUGUGGACCAAAGGGGGCAAGGCGAAGAAACUCGUGAGGCACAGGGAAUGGUUGCUGUCGAGACCAGUUUGAAUAUUAUUCUACCAUUCACAAGUUCAAGUGCUAGUUUAUUAAGCCUUCCUAAACCACGCAAAAAUCCCGUGAAUUAAUUGACCGUUAAAGUCAACUAUUCGCAAAUAACAUUAUUCUAUCGUUUAGUUUACGUUGAAUAAUCUCAGGCAGUUUAUACUAUCCAUAUAAAUCAGUGCUGCGAGAAUUUAUUCUAGCAAAUGUUCACCGUCAUUGUUUUACACUUCACUAGCGUGACUGGUACAUUCAACCCCCAACCUUCAUCAGUAUGAAAUUACAAGGAUCUACGAUA